AUGCAACCUUUUACACAAAUAUAAUACUAACCGAAACUACUAGGUUCCAUCAAAUCAAAAAAUACUACCCUGGCAUCGCCGCCGAAGAGGGUAUAAGCCCUGGCGAGAGACUAUUCGCCGGUAUGCUCGGCGGUCCAUGCAUCGAGCAGAUCCGCAGCGUCUAUGAGUUUAUUUGUCAAUCAUCGGGACCAAACGAUGAGGUCUGGCUAUAUGGGUUCAGUCGUGGAGCCUAUGUCGUUCGCGCUGUGGCAGGCCUACUGCACUAUAUGGGCGCAAUAUCAUCUGCUGGACAGCACUCUUUCAUAGAAGAUUUCAAGCUCGCCUUGAAGGUUUACAAGAAGCUGCAACAGCAGAACAAGCUUGGAGAAGGUCAGAUCCACAAUAUGUUUGAGGCAAGAACAAGACCGGCUCCGACCAUACAGUUCGUCGGUGUUUUCGAUACCGUGAAGGUAGUCCAGGAUGAACGUUUAUACGACAUCUCUUUCAAUCCUUCGAUCCAGCACCUGAGGCAUGCUCUUGCAUUAAACGAAGACCGCCGGAGAUUUGAGCCCGAAUACAUUUACCCAAACUUCAACAACCGAACACAAAGAUUGGAGAAACGAACCUUUGUCCAAGCUUGGUUCGUCGGUGCCCAUAUCGACAUUGGAGGGUCAGCCGACAGGGACGGGCUGUCGCUUUACCCCCUUCAAUGGAUGCUCAUUGAGAGUAAAACCCAUGGCCUUAACCUCGAGUUUGAUGGCGACUUUGGAGGUCGCUGCCCCUUGACAAGUCCGCUGAAGAUCACCGGUCUGGAAGAGAAUGACGGAGCAUGGGAAUGUGUGACAAAAAACGGGCUUGUCGUUCAGAUGAAAGACAUCAGGAACAUUCACCAAGAUAAGGAGAGCAACGGAAGAUAUAGUGUUCAUCUACACAGUUCUAGAGGCUCAUUGUGGAUCAGGCGGCAUAGGGAGCCUUUUGGAGAUAACGGCGAACUCAAUGGCUAUUGCAACUUCGGUGCACAGGGUACUAUCAUUCAUCCCUCGGUCUAUUUGGUGCUAGACAAGUUCAUGCAUACUAGUUGGGGCUCCAAAGAAUUUCCCUUCUAUCGAUUUCUGCACCAAUGGAGAUCCAAUACCUUAGGUCAAAAGGAUGAUCUCCGGGCUGGCUGCUUCUGGAAUGAGCCAGGUGACCACGUACUCGAGGAACCUGGUGCUAUCAGAAUUCUCGUCUGCGGAAAUUGCGGAGUCGGGAAAUCAUCCUUGAUCAAUAAGGUAUUUGGCGUCGAAGCCACAGUCGUAGCACAUCGGACCCGUGGUAUACAUCAAAUAGACGAAGAAAUCAAAUGGGACGAUCGGCCGGAUCUUGUUGUCCAUGACUCGGGUGGUUUCGAGGCGGGUGGCCAAGACGAACUACGUUGUGUUCAGGACUUCCUGAAGAAGAGGUCAGCUGAGACGGACUUCAAAGAAAGGUUACACGUAAUUUGGUACUGCUUUGAAGUCAACUCUCCCAGGCCCGAGCAGGCCGCUCAAAAGAUGUUAUUCGAAGGCUUGUCGGACUAUGCACAGGAUGUACCUAUUGUGGCCAUUGCAACAAAAAAGGACGAAUUUCUCGGCGCAAAGCUAAUGGAAGGGCGACGCGCCCUAGAACAGCGCCACGAACCAGUUACCCUGGCAGCUCUAGAUCUUUAUGGCGAAAAAGAAUUGGAAGGCCAGUUGUGUCAGAUUGACAAAGAGCUGAACGACUUUGGCCGUUUUGAUGAUCUCGUUGCUGUAUCGAUACACGACGAAACUUCAAUCGGGAACCUCAGCUUGGCAACAACGCAGCUUUUCACCCACGAAAGGGUCAGGCUUUUGUUCAUACGCGCCCAGGCCACGCGACUCGAUCUAAAAGUCGACCUGGCCCUGGGUGAGACCAUCAAUAUUUACAAGAGAAUUUUGAUCAGUUCAUCGGCAAUAGGUGGUAUUCCUGGCGCAAUGACAACGAACCGUACUGUUGCUGCUAUUGACGUAUGCCGAACAGUAGUCACAAGCUUCGGUAUCUCCACUAUCACGGCCGAAACAAUCUUUUCAAUCUGUAAGGCGAAUAUAUGGGACGACUUUGGCAACAACAUUCGCACGACGAUCGCUGAGAUAGCGGCCCUCUGCGGACUGGGGUGCACUAUAGUUUCCGGUGGCAUGCCUUUCUUCCUGAUUCCCAUGGCCACAAAUGUCCCUUUGGUCGUGUUGGCGACAGCGCGGUUGGUUCUAAUGCUCGCUUGCGAUGUCAUUCUGAUCCUCACCCGAGCUUUCAGGGAGGCGGCAGUAAAGUCGAUUGCAAAACCUGAAAAGCGAGAUGUGGAAAAUGCGGCCAUGGAGUACCGCAAGCACUGUCGCGAAGUUCAUCUUCGUGUGAAGAAAGCACUUCCCCACGGCUUUAAAUGCUUCAAAAUUGGUCGAAUUGAAGCUUUGAUGAUAAGUAUUAUCGAAGAAUUCAAGUGUAAGGUACUGGAAGGAGUAGGGGCAUCGCUGCCGCCGAAUUUCAGACGCAAUUAUUUGGGCGCAACCGUGUCAUCCGCGUUUUCUGACGGUUCAAGUGUUUUGAAAGAUGACUCCAGUGACAGCGGUAGCUUUCUAGAAAAUAAUCCGGUGUCUAGCUAGCUGUUCAUAGUCUGGAGGUAGAAUGCUGAGGGUUUCACUAAGCUCUAUACUGCACUCAAUGCAACUGCCGUUGUCCUGACGAAAGGGUCACCUACCAGUUACUUAGAAAUAUAAAGUUGAUCGAGGUUCUGAGUAAGAGAUAGUUCAAGAAAACGAACUAUCGCACUCAAUAUUCACUAAAACCCGAGCCCGACUUCCAUGACAUAU